GGAGAUGCACAUCUUUUUGGAUUCUCCUCUGUCAUACAGGUGUACACAGCUGAGACAGACUUAUCAGAAAAGACAAAAGAGAAGAAACUAAGUGGAAAUUGGUUUCAAUGUAUGCACUGACAAGGAAGGAGAUUUGUUUGUUUCUUGGUCAUACAUCCACUGGACUCCAAAAGCUACCUGAGGAAGUAUACAGCGAGGAGUCUUCUUUCGAGGAAGUGCUUACUCUUUUAGGAUGUGUUCUCUCUGCUGUACCUCACAUUUUCCCUGGCCACCCUUUCAUUGGGAUGUAGUGAGGAUUGAUGGUUCAUACAGGCUUUUUCCCUAAACAUCUGCUGACUCUGCAAACCUGGCAUCAUGCCAGUGAUGAAGGGGCUGCUGGCACCCCAGAACACCUUCCUGGACACCAUUGCCACUCGUUUCGAUGGCACUCACAGCAACUUCCUCCUUGGGAAUGCUCAGGGUCACCGUGGCUAUCCCAUUGUGUACUGUUCCGAUGGAUUCUGUGAGUUGACGGGGUUUGGACGAACAGAGGUGAUGCAGAAGAACUGCAGCUGUCAUUUCCUAUAUGGCUCGGGCACUAGUGAGCAGGUUACUCAGGGUGUGGAGAAAGCACUGGAGAGCAAAGAAGAGUACCAGGCUGAGGUGCAGUUCUACAAGAAGAAUGGAAGUUCAUUCUGGUGUCUGUUGGACAUUGUGCCCAUUAAGAAUGAGAAAGGGGAGAUGGUGCUUUUUCUCUUUUCAUUCAAGGACAUCUCAGAAACAAAAGACAAGAGCCAUCACAGCAGCAGAACUGAUGAUAAUAAGCCAUACAAAAGGACCACUGGGAACUCUCAUUUCAGUAAAGCCAGAAGGAGGGGUCACACCAUGAUUUACCAGCUAACCAGCCAGUUUACCCGUGACAGCAAAAAUGAUGUCAACUUAAGCCAGGACAUGUUUGAAAAACCAUCCCUGCCUGAGUACAAAGUGGCAGCAGUCCAGAAGUCUCGAUUCAUCCUGCUGCAUUACAGUGUGUCCAAGGCAUUGUGGGAUUGGAUGAUUCUACUGGCUACAUUCUAUGUUGCUGUGACUGUGCCGUACAAUGUGUGUUUCACAGCAUACAGCGAUGUGGAGACUGCAGGCAGGAGCACGAUAGUUAGCGAUAUCGCAGUUGAAAUGCUUUUUAUUCUAGACAUCAUCCUUAACUUUCGCACCACUUACGUGAGUCAAUCAGGGCAGGUGGUGUACGAGCCUCGCUCCAUCUGUCUACAUUAUGCUACCACGUGGUUCUUCGUGGAUCUGGUGGCCGCGCUGCCCUUUGACCUGCUCUAUGCAUUUAACAUUACUGUCACAUCUCUAGUGCACCUGCUGAAAACUGUGCGAUUGUUGCGUCUGUUAAGACUGCUGCAGAAGUUGGACAGAUACUCGCAGUACAGCGCCAUGGUACUAACACUGCUCAUGUCGAUGUUUGCCCUGCUGGCUCACUGGAUGGCCUGCAUCUGGUACAUCAUUGGGCGCAAAGAGAUGGAGACCAAUGCCAAUGGAGCCUGGGACAUUGGCUGGCUACAUGAGUUGGGCAGGCGUUUGGACAAGCCCUAUUUGAACAGUACAGUAGGUGGUCCUUCAGUUCGCAGUGCCUACAUCGCCUCUCUGUACUUCACCUUAAGCAGUUUGACCAGUGUGGGCUUCGGCAACGUUUGUGCCAACACUGAUGCUGAGAAGAUUUUCUCUGUUUGUACUAUGCUCAUUGGGGCUCUCAUGCACGCUGUGGUGUUUGGGAAUGUAACUGCCAUCAUCCAGCGCAUGUACUCACGUCGCUCACUAUAUCACACGCGUAUGAAAGAUCUGAAGGACUUCAUUCGUGUUCACCGGCUGCCACAGCAGCUGAAACAACGCAUGCUGGAAUAUUUCCAGACCACCUGGUCUGUGAAUAAUGGCAUUGAUGUCAAUGAGCUUUUACAUGAUUUUCCUGAUGAGUUGCGUGCCGAUAUAGCCAUGCACUUAAACAAAGACAUCCUGCAACUGCCUGUGUUUGAUGGUGCUAGUAGGGGUUGCCUGCGCUCUCUAUCCCUCCAUAUCAAAACCACUUUCUGUACACCGGGGGAAUAUCUCAUCAGACAGGGGGACGCGUUGCAGGCCAACUACUUUGUCUGUUCUGGGUCACUGGAGGUUCUAAAGGACAACAUGGUCUUGGCUAUUCUGGGAAAAGGAGAUCUGAUUGGCUCAGACCUGCCAGGCCAGAAUCAUGUGAUCAAGAUGAAUGCAGAUGUGAAGUACAACUACAGAAAAGGAGAUCUGAUUGGCUCAGACCUGCCAGGCCAGAAUCAUGUGAUCAAGAUGAAUGCAGAUGUGAAGGCACUGACAUAUUGUGACCUGCAGUACAUCAGUAUGAGAAAUGGCACAGUUGUAGAUGGAAUUGAGGACAACGGACAUGUGUUUUGUUUUAAUGUGGAGGACACCACUGCCAAAACUAGUACGGUGACAUCACUGGAUAGUAAGACACUGAACGGGUCUGAUCAGGUGAAUGCAUCACUGCUUCAGGAGACAAAAGUAGUGAGAGAGACCAUUGUCCAACUCAACAAGAAGAUGGGCAACCUGAAACAGGAAGUGUCAAUUCUGACAAAGGAUCUUCAUCACAUAAUGCACCUCCUGGAAGCACAAAUAGCAGUUCAUCAUUACACAGAACCUUUGUCCUCCUGUCCCCAUGGAGUCCACAUGAUGUCCAGUUCUUCUGUCGGUGUGUCUCCAGCCUACAUCUUGGGUUCCAGCAUCCACAUGCAGCACAAAGAACAUGUUGUCCCUGAGGGUCUCCUGGGGUCCACAUCUUGGAGUCACGGCAGACCUGGUGGUGGAUCUGGUUUCGCUCAGCACACUGAGAAACAGGGACACUUUCGCCAGCAUGAGCCCAAUCAACACUCUCCUGUCACAGCAAAUGAGCCCUGUUCCCAUGAUUGGAGUUCCAUCUACACCUCAGUUCCCUCCAAUAUCAGCCACCAUCACUUCUCUACUGGCUCCUCUCUCCUUAGUAUCAGCCCAGGAAGCCUGGGGCCAACACCUGGAGAGAGCCCCCGAGCAGAGGGCUCAUCACUGGGCAUUUGUGCUGGAGAUGGAGCCCAUGCCAGUAUCAGCCAGUCACACCCUGUUUUGCAUACAUUGUUUCCUCAAAAUUUGGACAGUUCGUCUUUUUCUUGCAAGGUCACGCCAAGCUCUUAUUCACACCUACACCUUUCCACAGAACCAGUGUUUCCCUACUCCACUCCAACUGUGGAUGAAGAGCACAGGACUCCAGAGGUGGCCCUCACUCAGAAUGUGGUACCUUCCACUUUCGUACAAGAGAAUUCUCCACACGAAUCAGGCAUAGUUCUCUCUUCUCUUGAGGAGUCACCUGAAGUAGAGCACACCAGUCGGGAGUGCCUACUGGGUAAUCAAAGGCUGGGCCAAGAUAGUGAAACAUCAGAGAGCAGGUCUAGUGGGUCCAGUGUAGGACUUUGUAGCCAAUCCGAGAUCUCAGAGACCACAUGGUGCCUGGAUCUGAUGGACUGA